UAGUAGCACAUCCUACAUAAUAAAUAUAGAUAUCAAGUGUUGAAUACGUGACUGAAAGUUGAAAUGGCACACAUAUUUCGGUAGCUGCAAUAAAAUUAAUACAUUUACCUAUACCAUUAGUAACUCAUUAAGUACCAUUGCAAACCCUGUUUUUAGUACGUAUAUAAAUGUAUAAUUCUUCUUUGAAUGAAAAUUGUACUUGUCGACAUUGUAGAAAAAGUGUAACCAGUACUGGCCGACCGAGGGCUCCACAAAGUUUGGUGUGAUUGAAGUGACAUUACUGAAUGAGGAGUUGUACGCUAAUUAUAACAUUAGGACUGUGCAGCUGAGUAACGCCAUGGUAGGUCCCUCAACACCAGUAUUAGGUGUAACUGCUACCUUAAUGGUAAGACAGACUAUGUGUUAAGCAGCUGGAAUAAGCAGAGGACAGAACGAACUGAGGUAAACUGGCGCACUAUUUAUAUAUGUUACCGCGCAAGGAAAUUGAGUACUUCAGUUAAAGCACAAGAAUUUUCCCUCGGAAAACUCUACCGAGUGCAUAGAAAAUCUUUAUUUAAUAACUGACUUGAAUUUAUCUUACUUUUAACCUGUUGGCGGUCAGGUGUUUUAGUUACGGUAUAUCAGUUGGAGCUGUAAGCAGACCAUACCAGUGUUCGGCAGUACAUACAAUUUGUUCGUACUGAAGGCUCCCGUAUAGCCGGCGGCAGCUAGAUUCGAACACGGGACUCUUACACAAGAUCUACCUUUGGGAGUUCUGAGGCAUAGUUCACCACUCCUAUUUUAUCCGUCCAGUUGUACAUCGGUCUCAUGUACUUCCUUGUGUCUUUAUAGAGUAAGCCCAAGAUUCUCACACAGUUCCACUUCACGGCCUGGCCAGACCACGGCGCUCCCUCCGACGCCUCCGUGCUUCUCGACUUCCGGGACAAGGUUGUGGAGCACAGCUCGAACUUGCCUGGACCAAUUGUCGUCCAUUGCAGUGCCGGAAUCGGACGGACGGGGACGUUCAUCGCUCUGGACUACCUGAUCAAUCAGGCUAAGGCGGAGGGAAUGGUAGAUGUGCCGGCCUGUGUGGAACUUCUCAGACAACAGCGAGUUAAUAUGGUGCAGACACAGGAACAGUAUGAGUUUCUUCACGAGGCUCUGGCAGAAGCCCUGAAACUGAACAACAGUUCCAUCCCGACUGUGAACUUUGCCGCCGUGUACUUUGACCUUUGCACCAUCGACCCCGUGACUGAACAACCCAAAAUGGCGGCACAGUUCAAGAUUCUGGGGGAAGUCUCACCUCAGCUUGACGAAACCAGCCAAAAAUCAGCCCGUCUGAAAGAAAACUUGCCCAAGAACAGAAACAAGAGGAUCUUAGCAGUGGAUAGGUACAGACCGUAUCUAUCGACGCCAGUGAGUGGCUGUAACGACUACAUCAACGCCGUCUUUCUUCCGGGAUACAGAAAGAAGAGAGGCUUUAUCCUCACCCAGACGCCUCUCCCAAUCACGGUGGUGGACUUUUGGCGCUUGGUGUACGAUCACGGCGUCCGUACCAUCAUCAUGUCAGACCACGCCGAUCCAAGGGAUAAGAGCGUGGGUAUAUAUUGGACUGACAAGAAUGGGGAGUUUGGUCCAUUCAAGACGGAAGUAACAGACGUGGAUCAGAGAGAGGACUUCUCUACCUGGACUUACCACCUGAUUUUCAAAGACGAGAAAGCACGUCAACCCGUUAAACAGUUCCGCUAUAAGAAAUGGCCGAAGAAACCUUCCCAGGAAUCUAUACCGUCAUUUCUGACACUUCUGCAAAGCGUAGAAAUCUGGCAAAGGGAAUCUGAAAAUGCCCCUAUCUUGGUACAUUGCAGGGACGGAGUGACGAAGAGUGGGUUGUUCUGUGUGGCUUGGUCCGUACUAGAGAGGCUGAAGGUUGACCAGAACGUCAAUAUCUUACAGACUGUCAGACAGAUGAGGAACAACAGGCCGGAGAUUAUUACUGAUCUGGAGCAGUUUAGAUUUCUACACCAGAUCGUGAUCAACUAUUUGGAGAACUACCAAACCUACGCCAAUUUCGGCUAAGAUGUUCCCCGAGCUAUCCUUAAUGACAGUAAACCCCUUGUUGUUGAUUGACAGAAGUAUUUUCCAACUGGAAACACCUGGUUUAUAUCCGCAUAACCACCUUAAUAUACCGAUUCAUGUACCAUGAAGAGUGAUGUUUUCUUAUCAAGUCGAACUCAAGUUUGAACACCCAAGAAAAAUGUUACGCAAGUUGCUUUGUUUCUGAAGAUUGAGUUUUCGCUGCUUCUGUUUGCUGUUUCUUUCACUUUAUGCUUAUUGUUUGUUUAUUGCGCUGAACUUUGGAUAACGGCUUUAUUGGGACAGAAAGACAUCGUAAAUCGAAGCUGGAAUGGAUAUUUUUUGUUUUUACAUGUGUGUAAUACUUCCGUGGCUGUCUUUUAUACCUACAUGUGCAUAAUACUUAGUCCCAAAUAAUGUAUUCCGAGUUUCCAGGAAUACAUUCCCAAAGUGUAUACGUGUUCCCAAAGUGUAUACGUGUUCCCAGAGUAUACAUUUGUUCCCAGAAUAUAUAUAUGUUCCCAGAGUAUAUACAUGUCCCAGAUUAUAUACGUGUUUCCUGAUAAACUUCAGUUUAUGGCUAUCAAACUUUGGUCUCUUGCGCAAAUUUUGAAUUAAUCUAAAACACCUGCACCUUUAACUUCAUAUUCUAAAGGCCAUAGGAACACAAUUCCACAUUUAUGUUUGUAUUUUAGGUAGCUUUAUGGAAUGUAUGCCGAUUUCCAGAAUGUUGAAUUCAGUAUUUUAAAAGUAUAUUCGUGUGUAAACACCAUAGUGUUGUUCAUUUUACUAUCAUUUUAGGGGUUGCCUUAAUUAUCCUUUCGUAUUCCAUGUAGCCAAGUUUGCUUCAGUUAGGAAAAACUGUUAACAUACAUUUUUCUGUAGCUCCUGCAUGUACACAUGUAGGUUCUGGGGAAUGUGGUAGCCUUCUCUACUGCAUCUGCAUAAACCAGGAUUCUGCUGCCGAACUACAAGGUAUAUGUCACAGAAGUCUGGGACC